AGUCGGACUCCAAAAAAAUGAUAAGACGAGCAAAACAGACAGAUAAUUUCGGUUUUGGAGUUUUGGGCUAUUUAUGUCCGAAUUGUUCAGCAUUUAAUUUAAUUAAGUAAUCGUUCACUUUCAUUAGUAUUUUCCGAGAUGUUGGGAUGUAAGAUGAAAGCAGUCCGUGCAGCUUGCGAGGGUAUUUUAAAGUCAUUUUGUGAAAAGAAAGGGACAUUACAUAGGAAGUAUUCUACCCACGAUUCCCGUUUGCUGGAUCAUAGUUACGUUUACUCAUUAGGAAUCAAAAAUCUGAAAUAUUCAACCUUCGUUCAUAGACAGCCGCACUAUUUGAAUAAAUUUCCGGUUCGAUGGUACUCAGCACAACCAGCGACCGGUUUACCACAGCUAACCAAGCUACCUCAAGAGGUGUUCCCUGGAGUUCUCGCCCCUUUUAGUAAUUUCUUCCUUACGUAUCUGGUGAUAAGACCAUUCGUUGACGGUUCUUUCGAAUUGAGAGAAUUUGUCGCUGCUUCUAAACAGGUUGUUCAAAUUGUAUCUCGUAAAUUAGCCUCCGACGAUGUCGAUGGUUUGGAAGAUAUGAUGACAUCUGCAACACUUCAAGAAGUAAAACAAAAUCUCCCCAGAUUUACUGAGAGUCAACGUCAAGAGUUGGCUAUAGAUCAAGAAGAUAUUUACAUUACCGCGUCAACUGAUAUGAUUUUUCAAAAUGAUCGAGAACAUGAUAAAAAAACGCUCGAAAUAUCGAUGGUAUACCAUGUUAUGCGAGGUUUUAAACACAUGAAGUUUCAAGGUUUUAAUCCUUUUCAAAAUAUGCAAAAUCCGCAACAACAGUCUGAUUCGGCUGAAAACCCUUUUGAAAAAUUGAAAGUAGACGAAGAUAAAGCGUAUAUUCUCAAUUAUAAAUUUAUUAGAGAAUAUUCUGGCGGAGUGGCCAGCGACUGGCUGUUAAAUGGUCUUAAUCAUUAUAAAAAAAGUCAAAUAGCUGUACAAGGGUUUCCUUCGUUUUAAUCCACGUUAGUCCGUAAAGAUAGUAAUUUCACCUGUUAUUGCGUCAAUAAAGUGUACUUUUUAAAAAAAAUAAAAUACCAAGUGUUCGUUGUUUCUAAA